CAUGCAUCAGACAGCACUGCACAUCGUUCCACUUCCACGAUCGGCCAGACCGGACGGGUGACUAUUCGCUGGCAGACUAGCAAGAAUGUGGUAUUGAAAUCGACUUUUGCCUGGUCAAGCUUAAGCGUUCUAGCCCUCGGACAUAUUCAGACGCUGGAUCAUACUACUCGCAGCGGAGCGGCAUGGGGCGUCUGCCGGGCCGGGCGAAGCGAAGCAGCUAUCCCUGCGCCACUAGCAUCUUUGUUUGUGAUGUUGACGCUGCAGCUGAGUGAAGCAUUUGCGCUCAUCAUUCAGAAAGUGCGGUCUGCAUGUCUCCGACUCUCCAGAGAGGGUGAGAGUUGUUUGGCAGUGGCAUGGUACAUGGCGCGAAAACGCAAGAGCUCCGAAAUGGAGCCUUCUCCACGCGAGUCAAUGCCCGUGCCCGUGCCCGAGCCCAAGGCUGUGCCUGAGGGGGUGCGUGUGCCUGAGGCUGAGCGUGGCAUUGGCCAUGGACCCAACGCGAAGGAGCUCGACGAGCAGUUGGCGCGAUUCUGUGGCGAUGCUCACCUGAGAUGGCCUCGCGCAACACCACAUCCUCCCCCCUCGCCAGACAUUGAGAAGCUGUACAAGCGCCUGGACCAGCUGUACCGGUUCCUGUACUUCCGAAACCCACUGCAGCUCCAGCGCGCGGAGGCCAACUUCUUUCGGAGUCUGCUGGGCACGCCGAACAGUCAAACAAGCGAGAAGGCCAGAUUGGAGCUGAUCAAUGAGCGUCUGGAGGAUGUGCGCACCACCACACCGCACCGAGGCACCGCCAAGCAUUCUGUCCUCCCCACACCCCGCCCGCCUCGCUCUUUGCCCACUGUCGAUGAGUCCGCCAGGCCCGACCCUCCUUCACCCUCACGAACCACCAGAGCCGCGAACAUCGCGACCUCCAGGCACACAGAAGCUCCAGUGAAGCAGACUGCCAAUGCCCAGUCCAGCAAAGCGCUCUCUGCCGCUCCAUCCUCGUCGCGACAUGCAGACCCUCCGCCCAUCAAGAAUCACUUCGCCGUCACGAAAAAGGCGCUCUUAGAAGCCAAGUCCGCGCCCGUCGACACCUCCUUCGCCACAGAUGCAACCAAGUCCUUCGGAGCACCACCCAUUUUCACCCAAUCCACCCAGUCGGGAACCCAGCUGACCGCCGCUACUGAUCUGACUUCGGACGAUGAGAAUUACUACAGCGCCAAGCAGACCGGAUCGGAGGCUGAGGUAGGGUCAGAUCAAACGACCGACUCGGAAGAGGACAGGAAGCGCGAAUCGACCCACUACGGUUCUUCACUUGCACCAAGCGAGGCGAGAAGUCUGAUAGCGGCUGUGCAGAAACUCGAAUCCUCGCAAGACACCGUCCGGAGAAUCCCACGAGCUUCUCAUGCACCGUCAACUUCAACACGAAGCUCACAAUUGUGGGGCUCCUCGAUAGACACCAGCCAAGCGGACUUCUUGCAGGCUCGCGCUGACAUCCUCCUAGCAGAUGCCGAUGCUUGCCUGACCGAUCAACCUGGAUACACCAUUGAUGGGAGAGCAUCUUCAUCGAAGCGUCCCAGGCUAGAGCAAAAUCGCCAACUGAUCACGCCAAGCGAUGAUGAAGUUGAGCAACACCCCGUCUUCCGUCCUCUUCCAAAAGUCACGACACAGCGUUUCUCGCCUGCGAAAGAUUUCGCUCAGCUGAAAAUUCCCGCCAGCUUCACCGAGCUGUCGUUCGAACUCCAAUGGGAAGCGCAGAGAGUGCUGCAAGCGGGAAUACUUUCGCCGGAACAGCUUGACAAGCAGUGCUAUCCAAGGAACCUGGAGACGCUGUACAGACUGGCUUCUGUCUCGGGCAAGCCAUUCACGCAAGGUUUCCGCGCGGACCAGUCAACAAAUUGGGAAAAGGCCACCUUGAAUGCCAAACUUGAGUAUGCUAAAUCUCGAUCUGGAAGUUUGUUUGAUUUGACCCUACAGCCGCCUAAUCGAGGAGACGAUUGUGCUCUUCAGCGGAAGAUCGGCAACCAAAACGUUUUGUAUGUUGACAUCCCGAAUCUCAACAAGCCGCCGGUAGAGCUCAAGGGCAAGAACCUCAACAAAAGGUUUUACGACAUGGCGCUUCAGUUUCAGCAUUUCCUGGGUCGGAAAUGGUUCCUCUACUUAACGCAAGCUCACAAGCGGAAGAAGAAGGUCGACCCUGAGGUAACCAAAGUUGGAACCUGUCGACUCAUGUUCCUUGCUGUCGAUAAUCGGUUCUCGAUGACAGACGUGCUUUCGUACGUGAUACCGUACGACUACAAUUCACAGCAGGCCGCACGCAAGGUCUAUUCAAGACUCGAGUUAGCAGCAUCUUCUACUACACCCGUCUUCACCUUUGCGUGCGAAGACGUUCAAAUUGUAGGAGACCAGCUUGCAUCGACAGAUGCCGCCGAUAACACUUUCCUUGAUCCUGCUCUAGCAUCACGGUUCUACGAACCGCAGGUCUCCAACCGAGUAAUGAAUGAUGGAUGCUGUGAUAUUCAUCCCUGGGUGAUGUGGAAAGCAACUCACGCGCUGGGAGGAGAUACCGACCUGAAGACUGCUUUGCAAGCUCGGUUCGGGCUAGGCAUGGCGAAGGGGAUCUGGUACAGAUGGCCGGGGCCGCCUCCUCCAUCUUCGGAUGUCAAGCCUCCCGGACCAUUGAUUAGGAUAUCCAGUUCGCAGAUCAAGGUGAAACACGGAUCUCUGCGUGAUCUGGACUCUCAUGGCUUGACCCUGAACGUUGUGAAGGCCAAUUCCGAUGUUAGGCAAUCGAUUCUUCACAUCGGAUUUCUGUCGAUUCUCGUUGAUAGAGGUGUACCAAAACAAGACCUCAUUGAGCUCGUGCGGGAGCAAAUACAUAACGACAUGGACAAGCUAGAGACAGCUCUUAAGAGCCCAAGCCCAAUGCCGCUUCGUCACUGGAUGCAUCGGCGACAUGAGCUCUGGGAGGAGCGCAACCGCACUGGUGACAUUUCGAAAGUCGCGGGGUUCCCCGUCUCUCGCGAAGAGCGCAUUGUACAGAUGCUGGAGUCUGGCCUGGUGCCGAGCCAAGAAGCAUUCCUCGCCAGCGAAGUUCGGACGAUGGUGAAGACGGUUCUAGACACGAAGAAAAAGAACUUCAAGAUACCUUUGAGUCGGUCAACCACGUUACUCGGCGUAGCCUUAGCAGACCCCUUGAAUUGCCUGGCCCCUGGCGAGAUUCACGUCAACUUUGCACGAACGUUUUGCGACAAAAUCACCGGUAUGCCUUGGUCAAUUCUUCACGAAAUGGAAUGUUUGAUAGCUCGGAACCCUGCUAUGGCUCCAUGGGACAUGCAAAAAGUGAAAGCUGUUUUCAAGCCGGAGCUUGCACACUUGCCAAACGUGGUCAUCCUUUCUGCAAAAGGCAAGCGACCUUUGGCCGAACUUCUCCAAGGUGGCGACUACGACGGUGACACCUUCUGGCUCUGCUGGGAACCGAGACUGGUUCGCCCGUUUCGCAACCAUCCCGCGCCAUGGGACCCUCCUCCUAUCGAUUUUUUUGGCAUUAAGAAAGAUCCCAAGUUGCUCUGUGAUUAUGUGAAGCAGCCGAGGUCGGACUCGCAAUGGCUCAAAUGGCUCGCAGAUAUGGCGGAGACGCGUAUGAGAUUUAAUCUUCUUGGUGUCGUUACCAAGCUGCACGAACGAUUAAUCUAUCUGGAAGGCGGUAUUCGAUCUAGGAAGGCGUUGUAUCUGGUCCAUCUACAUGACUAUCUUGUCGACGCAGACAAGCAAGGAUACGACUUCGCCGUGUCUGAUUUGGAAGAAUUUAAGAAGAAAAUAAAGCUGCCGACCAACCUCCCCACUCCAGCCCACUGGGAAUUCACAAAAGUUGAUACCAGCGACGAUGAAGAUGUGUAUCCAGUGCACGACUUCAAGAUCAAGGGCAACAUUAUCGACGACGUGUUUCACCAAGUCAUACAUCCAAUGGCAGAAGCUUCCCUCAGUCGUGUGCAAGAUAUUCUCCGCCCUGCCGCAGAUGCCGAAGACCUCAGCCUCGCUAAGUUCUACAACGAGACUUUCCUUUCUGCCGCAAAUGAUGACGACAUGGCAACUUCAUCUGGUCAGGAACUGGCGCCAAGGGAGGCUCGAGAUCUGAUAAAAAAAGAACUAAAGGCUCUGCGGGAUCGUCUGUCAGAGGUUCGCGACCUUUGGAUAACCCAGCAGAAAAAGCAUACGUUCAACGAGCUCAUCCUGCAGCUUCGGGAAAAAUACGAAUCCAUUAUGCCAACAACUACCAAGCGUGAUCCGACUAUCUUCGAGUGGCUGCGCAAACAGGGCAACGACCUCACCAUUUGGGAAAAAUUGAGGGCUUCGGCUUUCGCAAAAUUCCAUUACAAAACCAGUACACCCGGUCGACUCGUAUGGCACGUCGCUCAUCGCGAACUCUGUCUUUUGAAGGCACACGAAUGUUGUUCUCAGACGAGAACUUUGACGACGGAGGCAUGGACUUCUCUUCGUCCUAGAAAAGAAUUGAAGACGAUCGAGGUUGACGACGACGAAGCCCCAGCAAACAUCGAGGCCAACUACGAUGACUGCGUCUCGAACGAGUACUACUGA